UAGGUGUGUCGCUGAGCCUUCAAAGCAUUACAUGGGGCAGUCAUGAAGGGAGCUGCACGUCUGCUAAGAUUCUCUCUGUCAUUGGGUUCAUUGUUUCUGUAUACUUUGGCCGAAUCCAAUGCUCCUGUGGUCCAGACCAAACUGGGAGGUCUGCGAGGGCAGUAUGUUAGCGUAAAGGGGAACGAGAAGGUUGUACAGGCCUACCUUGGCGUGCCUUUUGCCAAAGCACCUGUUGGUCCCCUGAGACUGGCUCCGCCCCAGACUGUGGAGAGAUGGAAGGGCGUGAGGGAUGCCACUCAGCAGCCUUUCAUGUGUCUUCAAAACAUACAAAUUACAAAAGACCUUUACUCCAAUUUAUCCAUCAAAGUGGAAUUCCCAAAGGUGUCAGAAGAUUGCCUUUACCUCAACAUUUACAGCCCGGUUAAACCGGUUGAGAAUACCAAGCUUCCUGUCAUGGUUUGGAUCCAUGGUGGAGGAUUCACCUUAGGCUCUGCAUCAGCAUAUGAUGGUUCUGCUUUGGCUGCUUACCAGGAUGUAGUUGUGGUGCUGAUCCAGUACCGUUUGGGUUUGAUGGGGUUCUUCAGUACAGGAGACAAAUAUGCCCCAGGGAACAUGGGACUACUUGACCAGGUGGAAGCAUUACGGUGGAUCCAGGAGCACAUCCACAACUUUGGAGGUGACUCUAAGUCAGUGACCAUUUUUGGAGAAUCUGCCGGUGGGAUGAGUGUAUCACUAUUGCUUCUCUCUCCAUUGUCGGCUGGUCUGUUCCAUCGGGCGAUAGCUGAGAGUGGUACUGCAGCUUUGAACAUUAUCUACCAAACCAAUCCUUUGCCUGUGGCCCAGGCAAUGGCAAACAUGUCUGGCUGUGACAGCACCAACACAGAGAAGAUGGUAGACUGUGUGAGGAAGUUGACCACCGAUGACAUUUUGAACAUUCACAAACAGAAUCCAAUGCUAGGAUUUGGUGUGAGAGUUGAUGGGCAAUUCUUGCCCAGAUCGGCAAUGGAGAUUUUCCAUGACCAUGAGAUGCACAAGGUCCCAUUUAUGACUGGUGCUAAUGACGACGAAGGUGGCUGGUUAAUGGCAAAGUUCUUUGCUCCUCCAGGAUGGGAGCACGGUGUGGACCGUGUGAAUGUGAUGCCUGUUUUGGCCAUGCAGUACACUGAAUCUAAGGAUCAGUGGAUUGCUGAGCUCAUAGCAGAUGAAUACAUGGGUACUUCUGGAAAUCGUGUGAAAAACCGUAAUGGAUUCACUGAGCUGAUUGGGGACAAUAUGUUUAUCAUACCUGCCCUUAAAACGGCGAAUUUCCACAGAGAUGCAGGGGCGCCUGUGUACCUGUAUGAGUUCCAGCAAACACCCAGCAUGUUCAAGAAAACCAGGCCAGGUUUUGUUGGUUCUGACCAUGGAGAUGAGCUUUUGUUUGUUUUUGGGUUCUGCUUCACAACAUCACAUAUUGAAAUGGAUGCCAAAUGUACAGAGGAAGAUGAACAACUAAGCAGACUCAUGAUGAGAUACUGGGGUAACUUUGCUCGUACAGGGUCCCCUAACGGGGUUGGUCUGGUUCAAUGGCCACAGUAUGGACCAGAAGGGGAUUACUUGGCGAUUGGGUUGGAGCAGGUACCUGGCCAACACCUGAGGAGGGACCGCUUCACAUUCAUGACAGAAACUGUUCCUAGAAACUGCUCUUGAGGCCGGAGCAGAUGGAGCACAGUGAGCUACCAAAAACUGGCCCGGUGGUCCAGACCAAACUGGGAGGUCUGCGAGGGCAGUAUGUUAGCGUAAAGGGGAAGGAGAAGGUUGUACAGG